CAGCACAGUCGCGUCCCAGCGCGCGUUACGCUGAGCCGGCAGCAUGUGGAACGCGACCCCCAGCGAAGAGCCGGGGCCCAACCUCACGCUGGCCGGCCUGGACGCGCCUCCAGACAACGACUCGCUGGCCGACGAGCUGCUGCCGCUCUUCCCCGCGCCGCUGCUGGCGGGCGUCACGGCCACCUGCGUGGCGCUCUUUGUGGUGGGCAUCGCGGGCAACCUGCUCACCAUGCUGGUGGUGUCGCGCUUCCGCGAGCUGCGCACCACCACCAACCUCUAUCUGUCCAGCAUGGCCUUCUCCGACCUGCUCAUCUUCCUCUGCAUGCCCCUCGAUCUCGUCCGCCUCUGGCAGUACCGGCCCUGGAACUUCGGCGACCUGCUCUGCAAACUCUUCCAGUUCGUCAGCGAGAGCUGCACCUACGCCACGGUGCUCAGCAUCACAGCGCUCAGCGUCGAGCGCUACUUCGCCAUCUGCUUCCCGCUGCGGGCCAAGGUGGUGGUCACCAAGGGCCGGGUGAAGCUGGUCAUCCUGGUCAUCUGGGCCGUGGCCUUCUGCAGCGCCGGGCCCAUAUUCGCGCUCGUGGGGGUUGAGCACGAGAACGGCACCGACCCUCGGGACACCAACGAGUGCCGCGCCACCGAGUUCGCAGUGCGCUCCGGCCUGCUCACGGUCAUGGUGUGGGUGUCCAGCGUCUUCUUCUUUCUGCCUGUCUUCUGCCUCACCGUCCUCUACAGUCUCAUCGGGAGGAAGCUGUGGCGGAGGAGGCGCGGCGACGCGGCGGUGGGCGCCUCGCUCAGGGACCAGAACCACAAGCAAACCGUGAAAAUGCUGGCUGUAGUGGUGUUUGCUUUCAUCCUCUGCUGGCUGCCCUUCCAUGUAGGGCGAUAUUUAUUUUCCAAAUCCUUUGAGCCCGGCUCCCUGGAGAUUGCUCAGAUCAGCCAGUACUGCAACCUCGUGUCCUUUGUCCUUUUCUACCUCAGUGCUGCCAUCAACCCCAUUCUGUACAAUAUCAUGUCCAAGAAGUACCGGGUGGCAGUGUUCAAGUUGCUGGGAUUGGAACCCUUCUCCCAGAGAAAGCUCUCUACUAUGAAGGAUGAAAGUUCUCGGGCCUGGACAGAAUCUAGUAUUAAUACAUGAUUGAGCACAUUGCUGAGCAUAGUCACCGCUUGUUAUUCUAAACCAGAAGCCAUAGCACAAGCAGAACUUGGGAAGAAGAUGAAGGUUCAUUUUGGAAUUAGGGACACAUAGAUCUGGAAACAACUGGGGGGAAAGAAAAGACAUACUCUGUAGGGUGUGAGCAGUUUGACUUGAUUGCACACUCAUCAGUGCUCUCAUACACUAUUCCUGCAUUUUCACCACCAUGAUUUUGCAUUCUGCUGCUGGUGCUGGUGAGGGCUUUGCAAUUCAGAGAAAGAAGGAGGUGCAGAGUGGGCAAUUAGGACACUUCCUGGUGGGGAAAUACUAAAUCUGAUUUGCUUUUUCAUAAUGAUCAAAAUUAUUUGGUUAAAAGAAUGACAUUAAAGUAAAACAUAUAAAACAUAACUGAAAAAAUAGCAAUUUUCAUAAAUCUCUAGAGUAGUGCUGUUCAAGAGAAAUAUAAAGCAAGGCACAUAAGUAAUCAGUGUAAAAAUUAUGAAUGAGAAAUUUCCAUUCUUUUUUUCACACUAAGUCUUUGAAAUCUGAUAUAUUUUUCACACUGUCCACCUCAAUUUGGACAUUAAGUUUUCAUUAGAAAUACUUGAUGUAUUUAGGUUUCAUAAAAUUUACAGGUGAAAAAGUAUAUUCAACAACUAAGUUGUCUAAAUACACUUAAAAAUUUUCCAAUAACUAAAACAACUAUAAGUUUUUAAGCAUAAAAUUAAUUAAAAUUAAAAUUCAGUUCUUCAGUUGCACAAGUCACAUUUCAAGUGUUUAAUAGCCAAAAGUGGUUAGAGAUUACCAUAUUGAACAGUGCAGCUCUGGAGAAUAUACCGAAUUCCCAUUAAUCUUACACAAAAUAGAUACCCUAUCCAUGGAAUUUUUUUAAAGUGAAAUUAGCAUAGCAGAAUUUCAGAGUGAUAAAUCCUAAAAAUUACAUCUAAAUGCCCUACUCUUCAAGAUGGGAAGAUAAUGGAUAGGAAAUGUAUAUGAUACAUUUUUAAAUUAAGUUGACUCAAUGUGUUAAUAUUCAGAAAAUGAGACUUAAUAAAAAAUGUAUAGGUAAUCACAAACUGCUUAACAAAAAUACUUAAGCCAAUCAUAAGGCUUUGAUUUGCAAAUAAGGAAAUAGUUUAUAACUUACUCUGGCAAGCUUAAAGGAAACUUAAUGAACAUAGACAUUUUUCAAAUGGUGAAGACAGGCACAUGUGAAAAACACAGAAUGUCCUAAAUGCUACUGCUUUUUAACAUCCAAAACUUUUAAGAAUCUUAUAGCCAUUUAUUUUAAAAUGCGUAUGCCAUGUCCUGUCUCCAAAUUAGUUUUGCUAUUUACAUUCCAUUACUUAUCUGAUAGAUAUGUUUAGAUUUCCAGUUUCCCUCUUAAUCAUAAUUACGAAUGAGUAGAUACCUUCAACUAAAUAUGAUACAUUUUGGCGAUAAAUCUAAAAUUUUACUUAAUAUUGACAUUGUUCCCUGAAUAGUCAACCCUUUGCAUAAUAUAUUUAUUCCAAAAAUUGUCUCUUUAUAAUCCUGUACAAUGCUAAGUCAUAUAAGAAGUUUCUAUUAAAUUUAUUGGUUCAACUAUAGAACGGAUUGAGCCAUUUAGGGAAAUUACUGUCAUAAUUGCUUUUCCCCCCACCGAAAGGAAAGAUUAUCAUGAUGAAAUAAUUGAUUGACUAUUUAUUUUGGAAAUAUCAAACCACAACCAUAAUUAGAAUUAUUUCUCUAGAGAGAUAUUUCUGAAAUUCAUUUUGACACUAAAGCUGUACCAUCAAUUUGAUCUAAAUGCAGAACUUUAGCAAGUUGAUUAUUUGGUUAAUUCUUAGGAAUACAUCAAUAUAUUUAAA